CCGAAAAUUAGGGACGGAGCGAGGGAGUAGUUGUUUAAAAAAGAGAACUGACAUCUGCUAGUUUCGUGUUCUUUGGACGUGGUUUGCCAUUUCGAGGAAGGAUCUCAUAAACCCCCCUACAUUACAAAAUCCUUUCUCUCUUCAAUGAUGGAUUCACGCUAUUCCAGCAAAAAUGAUUGUCAUAGAAGCAGUAAUUUGACAGAGUCAAUGUCAAAGAAACAAAACAUAGAAGUCACUGAAACCCUAGACCGUAUCAGUCAGUUGCCAGACCCACUCUUAGUACAAAUUCUCUCUCUUUUGCCCACCGAAGAUACCGUCACAUCAUGUAUUCUCUCAAAGAGGUGGCGUUAUCUAUGGACUGCAAUUCACAAUUUCCUCUUCAGUAAUAAAAUUUACAACAGAGUCCAAAACUUCAUAUCCUUUGUGGACCACGUUUUAACUCAUUCCACUUGUUCUAAAAUCAAAACAUUCCAACUCGAUUUUGAAGUCAGAGAAGACUGGGAGGACUUUGAUUCCAAAAUCAGCAAAUGGCUCAGUUUUGCUGUGGAAAACAAAGUGGAAGAUAUUGUAUUGUAUUCGUUUGAUGAUGAUCUCACUUACGAAUUGCCUCUAUCUAUGUACGCUUGUUCGUCAUUGGUUACAUUGUAUUUGAGCCAUUGGGUGUUUGAUAAAGGACUGAACAUAGCUUGGAACUCUCUAAAGAGCCUAACUCUAAGAAAAACAGAGUUAGAAGACGAUAUUGCGAUAUUACUGUCAAGUUGUCCUGCUUUGGAAACUGUGGAGCUGUCAUUUUGUGAAGGUUGUCGUCGUCUAGAAAUUACUUCUUCAAAUUUAAAGAGACUAAAGUUGACGAACCCUUUGCAACCUCUGGUUGAAGGAUAUGAUUCUUUGGAAAUUAUUGCCCCACAUCUUCAGCAUUUGGAUAUUUCAGGAGAACUUAGAGAUCUCAAGUGUAGGCUUGUAGAUGUCUCUUCUUUGGUUAUUGCCAGCCUUACUUUUAGCAUUAGUUGUAUCACUGACUGCUGGGAGGAAGAUGAUAUUGAGGAAGACAGCUGUCGUGAUCAUCAUCAAGUUAUUAGAAACCUUAUUCUGGACUAUCUUCAAAAGUUGAGGUAUGCGGCUGAGCUAAUAAUUGGAUGUUGGUUUGCAGAGGUCGUGUACAUGAUAAAACUUGAAGGAAUGAUGCUUCCAGAAUUGAGAUGCAAAUGUCUAACUCUAAAGUUACAUGUAUCGGAGUAUAAUCUGUAUGGAAUAGCCAGUCUUUUGCAAACCUCGCCUCUUUUGGAGUCACUCAACAUAUACAUCGAAGUUGAGUGUGGCGAUUCCCCCUGCCAGCUUGAGCAAAGCUAUUUCGCUGAACUAGAUAACAUCAAUUUGCCGAGUUGGAUUCCAAACACUGUGUUUCCCAAUCUCAAGAAUCUUCAGAUUGUCGGCUGCGGAACAGGAUGUUUGAAGGAGUGGUCUGAAGAAGGCUUAUGUAAGCUUUUCGAACUUUCAAAGUUUCGACUAAAGAAUGCAGUGGCUUUGCAGAAGUUUGUUAUCGUCGCGAAGAGAAGAAAAUGCUGCACUUGUUCAGAGAGCUGUGUGUCCCGGCAUUUAUCACAAUUGGCUAAGAAAUUGUUAGACACCCCAAGAUCAUCUAGGAAUCUCAUGAUUACUUACCAAGAGUUAGCUUAGCAUGACCAGGAUGGAAGUUUUUUUGCUUCGGCAUACUGGAAAUACCUUAUAUUUUAGCUUUUGAUUUACUGCAGUCGUAAUUUUGAACUUGUGGCAUUCCCCAUAUUAUGAUGGCUGCUUGGUUUCUUAGAAGAAAGAGGUCCCUACAGUUUUGUUUAAGGAAAUAA